GCGGGACGUUCGAUUGCAAAGCAGCUCGAGUUGAUACCGACGCUGGCAAACUUGUCUCGGGACAAUGGCAAAUAAGAUUCACAUUCCCCAGUCGUACUUUCGAAGACUCAGGAAGUGGUGUUCUCGGCAGGUCCGGAGAUUCUGCUGUACAUCUCGAGUAGCGGAUCAUCAUAAGGACUACCUUUACAAGGAGACACAGGAGACAGAUCUUCCUGCAAGCUCACAGAAUGGGUCACAGAAGCCUAUCCUUGACUUAAAGGGCUUCCUUACCCCCACCCCAGGGGAUUACAGCUCACACCCUCGGGCUACUCUUUGUGGGUGUGGUACUCCGACCGGGGAACACCCUCUCCUCCCAUCAAGAUCUGCACACACAGCCCAGACCGCCAGGGAACUCCCACCCACAUCCAGCCAGUCAGCUAUAGAGGUCAAGGACACGGUGGAAGUGUCCGAUCAGCCUGAAUGCAGACACUCCAUCCUCGGACACUUCCACCAAGGCCACAUUCCAGAAGUGUGGAGCCCAUCUCGACAUCCAGGAACCCAGUGCACCUCGGUGGCAUUCACCGCCAUUGUUGCCAGUGCAGUUGUUCCUGCUGGUCUGUGGACUCCAGCUACACUGGACGGGGUCCUCGUCAUGGGGGACCGUCUUCAUGACGCCAUCCUCGACACCAUGGGAAGCUGGGCUCCUCUCAGCAAACAUCUUGCAGCAGACGAGAUGAUGGAGGAGCCUGAAGACUCCCAGUCGAGAUGGCCUGUCCGGUGCGGCCGAGUCUGCGAGAUGCAGGGACUUCUGUACCCUGGCAGCAUGGACUCGAACUCCCUAACGAGUCAGUUGACCUGGGAGUGGAUGCCAGGCCAGCCCCUCAGGGAGUUUGGGGAUGCUGUGGGGAGGGUGUUUAAGGCCCAGGACUGUCAGGGAGCCAUUAUCACCUUUGAUGGCAGAAGCUCGGCCUUGCUGCAGAACCCUGCUGGUGGCUGGAUGGUUGUUGACAGCCAUGCCAAGGAUGUUUUAGGCGCUACUGACGUUGAUGGGAAGUCGAGCCUUCUGAGGUUUCCUUCCCUGAGUCAAGUGGUGGCUUAUUACAGUGGCAUGGCAGUAGGACCCACUCAGUAUUCGCUGACAGGGUUCAAGGUCGAGUCGAUGUCAGAAGGGGGAUAACUUCCCUGGUAGUACCCUCCCCAGCAUUCGGUAUGACUGCCACCUUGAGGUGCAUCUGUCCCUGUGAAGCAAAGGGCCGUCUGAUGGCGCACGUUCUGAACACUGUUGCUGUAGUGACAGCAUGCAUGGUAUUGUCAGGCUACACUAACAGGAUGACAGCGUUCUAACAAGACAAGAGGGCACGAGUGACAGCCCUGAACGCUCCUACAAUAUUGACAUCAUGCACGGAUCACUCAUUCUUCCCUCUUUAUCGGACUGAAAAGAGAGACAAAAAUGAUCCGACCAAGAGGAAAUAUAUACUGGCACUGUUUGAACACUGUUGUGAGAUUGACAGCAUGCAAGGAUACAAGCUGUCAGACUCAGUCUUCACGCUGUAGUGAUGGGAAGAGAAACACAAAGUACUGUCUGAACACUGAUGUCAAGUUGACAGUAUGCACGGUCUAGUGGGGAUGAGGAGACAGUCACUGUAACCUCCAAUUACACCGAUCUAAAAAGAAUUUAAAAAAGAAAUUAAGUUUAGCAUUUAUUCCAAGGUUCAAGUUUGUGGCAUCAUUUGUUAUUAUUAAGAUUUAUAGUUAACGCGUUAAUAUUUAUCAUGUAAUAAAAAAUAUUGUAUGUUCAUUGUUAGUGGCAUCAUGUUAUUAUCAAGAUAUAUAGUUAACACGUUAAUAUUUAUCUUAUAAUGAAAAAUAUUGUAUGUUCAUUGAUGGUGCACAAGUAAAAUAUCUGCUUGUUAAUUUGAUACACAAUGUAAGCAGAUAUAUGAAGCUGUGUGAUUAAAACAUUAUUA